AUGUCAUUCGUCGAAAAAUACAUGCAGAACGACAUCGAAUGCAGUUUGAACUAUUUUGUUCGAAAUGGAUUCCAUCCUCAUCCCUAUUAUUAUAACUGCAGUCUAAUUCGGGAUCCGUAUGCAAUCGGAGAAAGAAGACCAUUUUGGGGCAUUUAUUUCAUGACCGUUGGCACGAUUCUUCUUUCCAUUUAUAUUCCAUGCUUUAUCGUAAUAAUCACGAGCAAAGAUUUGAUCAAAAGCUCGUGCUACAAAAUCAUGACAUAUUUGGGAGUUGUUGAUAUGUGUUGCAUCACAACCAAUUCAUUAGCGACCGGUUAUUUCGGAUUUGUCGGCGCAACGUUUUGCUCUUAUCCGAGAGCAAUAUUCUUCUUCGGAGCAUUGGGAUGUGGUUGUUGGAUGGGAACGUGUGCCACUUGCAUUCUCCUCGCGAUCAAUCGUUGUUGUGAUAUCAACCAUAACAUCCCAUUUCGCACAUUAUUCAAAGGGAAAACCAUUUAUCUUAUUCUGUUGGUCCCAAUUUUAUUCACAAUUUAUUCUUUAUUCUUCACAAAACCAGUCAUUUUCGACUCAAAUUAUAUGAGUUGGUUUUUCUCGCCAAAUCUUGGAUUGGAUCUAAUGUAUUAUCGAAAUAUUCCGCAUUCGAUCGUGAAUUGUGUUGUCUCGAUUACAACCACUUCUAUUUAUGCAUACUUAUGCCUUUUGAUACGACAUAAAAGCAAAAUCUCGCAUUCAGAUGCUUUGUCGAAAACUCAGAAGCAGGUAUUCAUUCAAUCAAUCGUUGUGUGCUCAUUCAAUGCAAUCGCCGCUUACAUCUACGUCUACAUGCAAUUCUUCCCGGUCAAUCCGAUCAUCAUCCUGAUUGGUCAGAUUGCUUGGCAAUGGAGUCACGGUUGCAUUUGUGUCGCUUACAUCACAAUGAAUAAAACAAUUCGCUCCAAAGUGUAUGAGCUUUUGACGCCAAGAAUUGUUCGCGAGCAUUUGCGUCUUAAAAUAUUCGAAGCUUCAUCUACAAGAGGACCAGUGAGCACGAUGGGAAAUAUGAAAAUUGCAACUUUAAGCGGUUCUUCGAAUUUCUAA